UUCCCUCCCUCCCUGCCCUCGCGGAGCGCCGGCUCCCGGCAUGCUGCGCGCUGCUGACAGCCUUAUAAAUAGUCGCCUUUGCGGGCGGCCGGCGAGGACGGGCAGGGCAUCACUGGCCCCGGCGCCCGCCGCACCCCUCCCCCAGGAUUGUCCUCGCCACCUGGCUCCUCCGGCGGGAAGAGGUGGACAGGAGGGCGUUGCUGCCCUUUUGGAACAGCGGAAGUACACCGAGGAAAGGUGACUCUCCCAAGUGUGUGCUAACUCGGCUCCCAGGACCUCAGCAGGAUGGAAGAGAAGCUGAAGAAAACCAAGAUCAUCUUUGUGGUUGGAGGGCCCGGCUCGGGGAAGGGCACCCAGUGUGAGAAGAUUGUCCAGAAGUACGGCUACACCCACCUCUCCACCGGGGACCUCCUGCGGGCCGAGGUUGGCUCUGGCUCGGCCAGGGGCAAGAUGCUGUCGGAGAUCAUGGAGAAGGGGCAGCUGGUGCCGCUGGAGACAGUAUUGGACAUGCUUCGAGAUGCCAUGGUGGCCAAGGUAGAUACCUCCAAAGGCUUCCUGAUCGAUGGCUAUCCUCGGGAGGUACAGCAGGGAGAGGAAUUUGAGCGGAGGAUCGGACAGCCCACGCUGCUGCUGUAUGUGGACGCAGGCCCUGAGACCAUGACCCAGCGGCUCCUGAAGCGCGGAGAGACCAGCGGGCGAGUGGAUGACAACGAGGAGACCAUCAAGAAGCGGCUAGAGACCUACUACAAGGCCACAGAGCCUGUCAUUGCCUUUUAUGAGAAACGCGGUAUCGUACGCAAGGUCAAUGCCGAGGGCUCCGUGGACAGUGUCUUCUCCCAAGUCUGCACCCACCUGGACGCCCUCAAGUAGCAGCCCUGGAGCCCCUUCCCCGGCCGAGCCCCGCCCCACCCCUGUCCUGACUGAGGCUGUCCCCAGCCGGAGCUCAGCGCCUCCACCCUGCCCGGCUGGACUGCAGACAGAGGAAGCCACUUUAUCCUGUUUUCGUGGACAGCCAACCACUAAAGGAAUUUCCAAGGACA